GCAAAUUUUUUUUCUUUGUUGAAAAUUACAGAGAAAAUCAAUUCUUCCCUUCAAGCAGAGGGAGCGCCUGUUCAUCUUUUCUCUCAAAUACGAGUUCUUCCUUCUUCUUCUUCUUCUUCUUCUUCUUCUUCUUCUUUUGUUUUUUUAUUUUUAAAAUUUUCCUCCAGAAUUAAUAAGCACAGACAGCUAAUGUUUUUGCAGUAAAAUCUCACUCUCAGAAAAAUUUCUCAGCUUUCACUGUUUUGUAAAGCUCAAGCAGGCAUUUUUGGUGUCCUUUAUUUUUGGGUUUUGUCUGUUUUUAAUUUUCCGGUGAUUUUCUUUUAGUUUCGAAUUUGAAAGUAUGUUUGGGUUAUGUGAGCUUGUAAUCAAAAUGGGUUUUUCUUAAUGUAUAGUUCAUAAAGUUUAAAUUUUUUUGAAAGAUUUUUAAGUAUGGAGGGAAGAGAUGGAGUUGUGAGUAGCAGUGGGGGGGUUACAGUGGUGGGAUCAGACGCCCCGUCGGAUUACCAUGUGGCUCCGAGGUCCGAGAACCCGACCCAGACGCCGGGAUCGGGUCAGUCUCCGGCGUCGGGGCAGCCGGCGAGCCUGGGGCCGGCGGUGGCCGGGAUGCCGGUGAAAAAGAAGAGGGGGCGGCCAAGGAAGUAUAGACCGGAUGGCUCGGUCCCAGCAGCACUCUCUCCGAGGCCAAUAUCCUCGGCCCCGCCACCGGUGAUCGACUUCUCGUCCCAGAAGCGGGGGAAGGUGAAGACCGCUGGAUCGGUGAGCAAGCCCAAGUUUGAGGUGGAAAACUUAGGUGAAUGGGUUGCAUGCUCUGUUGGGGCCAAUUUCACUCCCCAUAUUAUUACAGUUAAUGCGGGCGAGGAUGUUACCAUGAAGAUCAUAUCGUUUUCUCAACAAGGACCCCGAGCAAUAUGCAUUCUCUCAGCAAACGGCGUCAUAUCAAGUGUCACACUCCGCCAGCCUGACUCCUCUGGUGGUACACUGACAUAUGAGGGCCGUUUCGAAAUACUGUCCCUGUCUGGGUCAUUCAUGCCCAGCGAGAGUGGAGGGACACGGAGCAGAUCAGGUGGGAUGAGUGUUUCUCUGGCGAGCCCCGAUGGACGUGUUGUUGGUGGGGGAGUUGCUGGUUUGCUGGUAGCAGCAGGUCCUGUGCAGGUCGUAGUGGGCAGUUUUCUUUCUGGGAACCAGCACGAGCCGAAGAAGAAACCAAAAACCAACCUCAUGUCAAUGUCCACACCAACUGCUGCAGUCCCGAUUUCAACCGCUGAUAUAAAGGGGAAUAUCUCGACCACACCGUCUUACCUAGGGGACAACUGGUCUUCCCUGCCCUCUGACUCGAGAAACAAGCCCACUGACAUUAACGUGUCCUUCCUUGAUGGGAACAACUAACAUGUGAUGGUCGAGAGAACUUACUACCAAUUCCGUUGCCUGUCCGGGACUUCCUUGUCUUGUUGUCUGUAGUCUCAUUAAUCAAUCACAGCUGAGAUAGUGUUUUAGGAUCUUCCUUUUUGCCGUCAUUAGUUAGAAAGAUGUAGGUGGUUGAUUUGUAUGUGUGGAUGCUGUUCUUGUUCCAUAAGAUUGUCACUGCUGCUGCUGCAGCUGUUGUUGUUGUGAUGCACAAUAUAUUCGUUCCAGAUUUUUAUCUCUCGAGAGUGAUGAAUUGUCUUUU